AGCGACCCAGAGGUCGAUUUGUUAUUGUUUGUGGAAUGAGGUAAGAAGGCAACGGCAGAAUGGGAUACCGCUGAGUCACGGUGCCAAGGGUUAUACAAUCGGCCGAGCCCCGUAGUCUUGCUGAGUCACAGCCGCCAGCACUAGGACCCACUGGAGCGGCAGAUUGGUAGCAUGCGCCCUGACUGGCCGGGCUGAAGGAGAGAGACUGCUCCUAGAACUGAGAGACUGACGCCACGAGACUGCACGGAACCGGCUGAAAACUCACAGCUAGUGGAGAGACAGUUCUGUGUGCGAGCGAUAGAGAGAAAGAGCGUCUGUAGCGCCGGAUUACUGUGCCUGAGAGACCUCCCUGUAGCUGUGGGAUUUGAAGCUCUUAAAGAAAAGCUGAACGGGGCUCCUGCUCAUACUUGAAGAUGGUGAAACUGGGCAGUUACUGCGAGCACAAUGGCAGCAUUUCCCAAGCCUGGCUGGAUAGAGGCCUCUCCCCUUGCUUCUACUUCACCCUGGUCCCGUCUGUGCUCCUGAGUUUCUCUUUCUUAUUAGGAGCUUUACAGUCUGCCAUAUAUGCCCGGCACAGUACCAACAUGGAACCUAAGUACAUCCCACGAUCACGUCUUUACCGCCUUCAGAUACUGCUGUCUGUGGCACUGAUACUGCAAUACAUCAUAGGUCUGAUCUGGCAGGCUGCAGGCACUGAUAUUGUGUAUGGGUACAUGAUUGUGCAUGGCUGUCUCUCUGUAGGGGCCUGGGGAUUCAGCUUGUGGCUACUUUACUUGGAGAGGACAAGGGCCCUAGUGCGCGAGAGGAGCAAAGGCCAUGGAGUUGUGCUGUUAUUAUUCUGGGCACUGGCAUUUGCUGCAGAGAAUCUGGCAUUCAUUUCAUGGCAGAGUCCUAACUGGUGGUGGCUAUCACGGAAUACUGUUCCACAGAAGAUGCAGUUUGGCCUCUGGAUUACACGAUAUGUGUGCACGCUCUUCCUGUUCAUGCUGGGAAUUCGUGCACCAGGCAGACCGCACAAGCCUUAUAUUCUUCUGAUAAAUGAAGAUGAAAGGGAUGUGGAGAACUCACAACCUCUCCUGAGAGAUCCACACCAAUCCACCUGGCAGGGAUUCAGAAAGAAGUUACUGCUGGUGAUCCAAUACAUUUGGCCACGUAGGAAUGUGCCAUUGCAGCUACUGGUGGCUAUGUGCAUGGGGCUGAUGGGAUUGGAGCGGGCCAUUAAUGUCUUUGUUCCCAUAUAUGCAAAGAAUAUCGUGGAUGGGCUAACAGAUGGUUCUGCGUGGCACAUGCUAGCUGUGACUGUCUGCAUUUACGUUCUUCUCAAGUUUCUGCAAGGUGGAGGAGCAGGUACAACCGGAUUUAUCAGCAAUUUGCGGACCUUCAUGUGGAUACGAGUCCAGCAGUUUACCAACCGGGAGGUGCAGAUCAGGCUCUUUGCCCACCUUCACUCUCUUUCCCUACGUUGGCAUCUCGGUCGCAAGACAGGUGAAGUGCUCCGCAGCGUAGACAGGGGAACCAGCAGUAUUAACAGUCUUCUCAGUUAUAUUGUGUUCAGCAUACUUCCCACCAUUGCUGAUAUCAUCAUCGGAAUUAUCUAUUUCACAUCUUUCUUCAAUGCCUGGUUUGGGCUGAUCAUUUUCAUCUGUAUGACCUUGUACUUAACUCUGACCAUCAUUAUCACCGAAUGGAGGACCAAGUAUCGUCGAGAGAUGAAUACCAGGGACAAUGAGGCUAAAUCCCGUGCUGUAGACUCCUUACUGAACUUUGAAACGGUGAAGUACUAUAAUGCAGAAAGCUAUGAAGUCGACAGAUUUAACGACUCAAUAAUGAAAUAUCAGCUUUCUGAAUGGAAGGUUAACGCUUCACUUGCCAUGCUGAAUCAGACCCAGAAUCUUAUCAUUGGGCUUGGGCUGCUAGCUGGUUCUCUACUUUGUGCAUACUUUGUUACUGAAAAUAAGUUCAAGGUGGGCGACUAUGUGCUCUUUGGAACCUAUAUCAUCCAGCUGUACACACCCUUGAAUUGGUUUGGAACUUACUACAGGAUGAUACAAAGCUCUUUCAUUGAUAUGGAGAAUAUGUUUGAACUCUUCAAUGAAGACCAAGAGGUAAAGGAUGCAGUAAAUGCCCCAGCGCUCAUGUUCCACUCUGGAAAAAUAGAGUUUGAAAAUGUUCAUUUCAGUUAUUUGGAUGGCAAAGAAAUACUUCGGGAUAUAUCAUUCACAGUGAUCCCAGGACAGAGUGUAGCACUGGUGGGUCCAUCUGGUUCUGGGAAAAGUACUAUUAUACGGCUCCUCUUCCGCUUUUAUGAUGUCAAAGGAGGUGGUAUCAAGAUUGAUGGCCAGGAUAUUUCCAAGGUUCGCCAGGAAUCCCUACGCUCUCACAUUGGGGUGGUACCUCAGGACACAGUGCUAUUUAAUGAUACAAUUAGGAGCAACAUACGCUACGGGCGGGUCAGUGCCACAGAUGAAGAGGUGGAGGAAGCCGCUGCUGCUGCUGAUAUACAUGAACGCAUACUUUCUUUCCGUGAUGGAUAUGAUACACAGACUGGGGAGCGAGGACUGAAGCUGAGUGGCGGAGAGAAGCAGAGGGUCGCUAUUGCUCGAACCAUUCUGAAAGCACCACAGAUUAUUCUGCUGGACGAGGCCACAUCUGCUCUGGACACUGAAACAGAGAGAAAUAUCCAGGCAUCUCUGGCCAAAGUCUGUGCUCAUCGUACAACAAUUGUUGUUGCCCAUAGGCUUUCAACUGUGAUAAAUACUGAUCAGAUCCUUGUGCUGAAAGAAGGACAAAUAGUAGAACGUGGGAGACACGAUGAGCUCCUGCUUAAGGGGGGAGUCUAUGCUGGAAUGUGGCAGAAGCAACAGAAUGGCAGCGAAUCUUCUUCAGACUCAGAUUCCGAAAGAAAGGAUCGGACAUCAGAAAAAUUGCAGCCCCCAAAACCAGCAGCCAGAAGAGGCCAUUAGCCCAGGAGCAUUCAUUGAAACAAGGUUCUAAAAAAGGAAAAACCAGAGAUGUAAUGCAACUAGGUUGCACUAGAUGGGCUAAGUUUGGGCUUCCUUGGUGCAAAGCUCUUUUUAUGCAACUGAAUGUCUUCAUAAGAAUUGCAAAGCUCUUCCUAUUUAUAAGCUACAUUUUUUAAAAUAUAAAUUGGUGUUUUGAAAUAUAUCUAAGGGUAGGAUGGAGAAAACUAAUAUUCUGAUGUAGGGAUGUUCAAUAUACCUCACCAGCUGAUCUUUGUAGUGCAACUCCAGCUGCCAAUGCAGCAUGGAUAUCCUUGUUCAACCACGAACAAACAACGAAUGAAUUUAUUAUAGAGGAGUAUUUGUAUGUGAAAAACAAGGGAUUCAGUGACUGGAUCAUAGUCCAUUGCACACACCAACUCUGCACCUGAUGAUGCAUUGGCACAUGUACUGCUUUUUGCAAUGCAGCUAUGAUACAGCUAUAAUUGCCCCCCCCCCCCAUUCUCCACACUCACUUUAGUUUCUUGCCAACCAAUGAUAGUGGGUCCUCAUACCCAUUU